UAGAAGCUUAGGACAAUCAGCGGGGCCUGAGAACCCAUCGACUCUGCCCCAGCUUUGAAGGGAAUACUGGAGCUCAUCUGUGUGUGGGGCGGUCCUUGGAGGACAGGCUCCCGGCAGGGGCAUGAAAGCAUAGACUUCCUAGACAGCUUGGUGACAGGAAAUACGAUGAGGACCCCCAGCCCAAGGUGAGUGGGCAGGGUGGCAAGGCCAGAACUGCUUGGUGGGUUCACAGUCUGUGCCUGGCCCAGGCCUGGCUGAGACCACGGAGCUGGGAAGCCCCGACCCCGUGGACACAAUCUGGGGGCACCUGACCAGGGGGAAGGGGAGAGGUCUCCAGAACGGCCUUCCAGGUGGAGAAAGAAGGCCUGCCAUGCUGUCUCUGGAACAAUAUGAGCUAGGGAAGAAAGGGAACAGGGCACGUUCCGGCUCCAAGGUCAGAACCAGAGGUGGGCGCUUGGGCCGGGACCCGGGGAUCUUCCCAGCUGUGCGAGCUUGGUGUCUGUGCAAGGUCACCCAGUCCAGGAAGGGGGCCUUGCAAGGAGACUCUAUGGAAAAAAGGCCUGGAAGAGAAGCCUCCAGCCUCCUCAGGACCCGCCAGCUUCCUGCCCACCACUCACAGACAUCGUCUCCUUUAUCCAUCCAGUUUCUAAGGAGGGUCUGAAGGCUGAGUAGCCAGCGGGAUGCCUGGGCUGCUGAACCAGCUCACAGGGGCAGCCCUGCCCCUCACCGCCUCCGAUGUCACCUCCUUCGUCAGUGGCUACGCCCUGGGGCUGACGGCCUCUCUCACCUAUGGCAACCUGGAAGCCCAGCCCUUUCAAGGCCUCUUUGUGUACCCACUGGAUGAAUACACCACAGUGAUCGGCUUUGAGGCAGUCAUUGCCGACCGUGUCGUGACAGUACAGAUCAAGGACAAAGCCAAGAUGGAGAGCAGCCACUUUGAUGGCACCCGCAUCCGAGCCACAAAUGUCACAGGGACCACUCUGCAAGAGGGGGUUUCCGUCAUCCCUCAUUCCUGCACGCCAGGGAAGGUGGCUUUGGAUGAGGAUUUGGAGCGGGUCCUGUUCGUGGUCAACCUGGGGACCAUUGUCCCCAUGGAGAACGUCACCAUCUUCGUCAGCACUUCCUCGGAGCUCCCCACGCUGCCCAGCGGGGCUAUGCGGGUCCUGCUGCCUGCUGUCUGCGCCCCGACCGUGCCUCAGUUCUGCACCGAGAGUGCUGGCCCCUCCAGCCAACAGGCCCAAGGCAAAGACAAGCAUUGCUUCGGCACCCGGGCCCUGGACUCCUGGAACAAGCUGUGCCUGGCAACUCUCCUGGACACCGAUGUGUCCAACCCCAUGGAAUACGAGUUCAACUUCCAGCUGGAGAUUCGCGGGCCGUGCCUGCUCGCAGGGGUGGAGAGUCCCACCCACGAGAUCCGAGCUGAUGCUGCCCCAUCUGCACGCUCGGCCAAGAGCAUCAUUAUCACCUUGGCCAACAGGCACACCUUCGACCGGCCAGUGGAGAUCCUCAUCCACCCCAGUGAGCCCCACAUGCCGCACAUCCUGAUGGAGAAAGGGGACAUGACCCUGGGAGAGUUUGAGCAGCACUUGAAGGGAAGAACGGAUUUCAUUAAAGGGAUGAAGAAGGACAGCAGUGCAGAGAGACAGACAGAAAUCAUCCGGAAGCGUCUCCACAAGGACAUCCUCCACCAUUCAGUCAUCAUGCUCAACUUCUGCCCCGACCUCCAGUCAGUCCAGCCGAACCUGAGAAAGACCCAUGGGGAGUUUAUCUUCCUCAUUGACCGGAGUGGCAGCAUGAGUGGGACCAACAUCCACCGUGUCAAGGAUGCCAUGCUGGUGGCUCUUAAGAGCCUCAUGCCGGCCUGCCUCUUCAAUGUCAUUGGGUUUGGGUCCACAUUUAAGACCCUCUUCCCUUCCAGCCAGACCUACAGUGAGGAGAGCGUGGCCAUGGCCUGUGAUAACAUCCAGAGAAUGCGGGCCGACAUGGGUGGCACCAAUAUCCUCUCCCCGCUCAAGUGGAUCAUCCGGCAGCCAGUGCACCGAGGCCACCCACGGAUUCUCUUCCUGAUCACGGACGGUGCCAUCAACAACACCGGGAAGGUGCUAGAACUGGUGCGAAACCAUGCCUUCUCCACCAGGUGCUACAGCUUUGGAAUUGGACCCAACGUGUGCCACAGACUGGUGAAAGGGUUGGCAACUGUGUCCAAGGGCAGUGCUGAGUUUCUGAUGGAGGGAGAACGGCUGCAACCCAAGAUGAUCAAAUCCCUGAAGAAGGCUAUGGCCCCAGUCCUGAGUGAUGUAACUGUGGAGUGGGUCUUCCCUGAGACCACCGAGGUCCUAAUCUCGCCUGUCAGCACCAGCUGCCUCUUCCCUGGAGAGCGGCUGGUGGGGUAUGGCAUUGUGUGUGAUGCCUCCUUAUACAUCUCCCAUCCCAGAUAUGACAAAAGGAGACGAUACAGCAUGUUGCACUCUCAAGAGUCCAGCAGCUCUGUCUUCUACCACUCACAGGACGAGGGGCCCAGCCCAGACAGCAGGGACUGUGUCAGGGGCAUGGGCGCACCCUGCAGCCCAAGGCAGCCCAAAGAUGCCCAGCCAUCCACCGGAGACUCCACCGCCAAUCUUGGUCUGGACUUCUCCCAGCGACGGCGGGCAUAUAGCACCAACCAGAUCACCAACCACAAGCCUUCCCCAAGGGCCACCACAGCCAGUGACCCCACAUUGCCUGCCAGGAGAUACCCACUGAGGAAAGCCAAGCCACAGGACCUCACCAACCAGACCAGCACAGAGGCCUCGUGGUGGCAGAUUGAUCUGCAGCCCUUGCUCAACAGCGGUCCGGACCUGAGCCAGGGCCCCAAACUCCGCGGCCCAGGUGCCCGCAGGCCAUCUCUGCUGCCCCAAGGCUGCCAGCCCAGCCUGCCCUCCAGCCAGGAGACCCAGACCUGGAGCCCCAUGAAAGAGCCGGAUCUUGGGUUUAACCUGAAGCCUGUUUCAGACAGCCGUAGCCCUGGGGACCUGGAACCGUCCCAUCACCCUUCCACCUUCGAGACCGAGACGUCCUCGGACUGGGAACCCCUGGCCGAGUCCGAGGAUCGGGUCAGUCCCAGCAGGCCCCCUACCCCAGGCCCGGUGCUGGGCAAGGCCGUGGUCAAGGGCCUGCGCGACAGCCAACGUUUGCAGUGGGAAGUGAGCUUUGAGCUGGGGCCCCCCGGCCCGGAGAGGGGAGGGGCACACGAGGCCGACCUGUGGAGCGAGACCUUCCACCACCUGGCGGCCCGCGCCAUCAUCCGCGACUUCGAGCAGCUGGCGGAGCGCGAGAACGAGAUCGAGCAAGGGUCCAGCCGCCGCUACCAGGUAAACGCUGUGCACACCAGCAAGGCCUGCAACAUCAUCAGCAAAUACACGGCCUUUGUUCCUGUGGACGUGAGCGAGAGCCGGUACCUGCCCACCGUGGUGGGGUACCCCAACUCUGGUGCUGCAUGGCGGAUGGUCAGCUCUCAGGUCCUGACCCGACAGUGGAGGGGAACCUCUGCCGGCUUCAGACGGUCCCAGACCCUCCUCAGGGAAUACUCGGCAGCAGGAGAUGGCAAAUUCCAGAACCUGAAUGUGGAGGAAAGCCCCAGUGCACCCUUCAGAGAGACCACAUCCCCGGGCCGCGAGAAGCAUCCUGCUUCGGAAGGUCCCCUGCGCAGUCUGGCCACCAAUACCCUGUCUUCCUUGAAGGCCUCAGAGAGUCUCUUUGGAUCCAGGCUGAAUCUGCACAAGUCCAGGCUGCUGACUCGAGCAGCCAAGGGCUUCCUGAGCAAGCCGCUGACCAAGGCUCCGGAGCCAACCCCAGGGAGCCAGAACUUCGACUACAUUCCGCUGGUGUCUCUGCAGCUGGCCUCCGGAGCCUUCCUGCUCAACCAAGCCUUCUGCGAGGCCAUCCACGUCCCCAUGGAGAAGCUCAAGUGGACCUCACCCUUCACCUGCCACCGAGUGCCCCUCACCCGCCAGCCUGAGCCCAAGACCCCAAGUCCCCAGCUGUGCACCGCCAGCCCCUCGGCCCAGCACCCGUCCUGUGAUGGCUUCUCCCCAGAGCCUCUGGUGGGGGGCAAGCCAGGCUGGGAGACCAGGGCUGCGAUCGAACACACAGGGAAGCUUUGGGCUACGGUGGUGGCGCUGGCGUGGCUGGAGCACAGCUCGGCCUCCUACUUUGUAGAGUGGGAGCUGGUGGCCGCGAAAGCCAACUCGUGGCUGGAACAGCAGGAGGUGCCCGAGGGCCGCACGCGGGGCACGCUCAAGGCGGCCGCCCGCCAGCUGUUCGUGCUCCUGCGGCAUUGGGACGAGAAUCUGGAGUUCAAUAUGCUUUGCUAUAACCCGAAUUAUGUGUAG